AUGAGACACGCCUUCAAGAUCACGGCAGGUGUGGCCUGCCCGUGCCCUGUGCUCGUGCCGGUUCUCCCCCCGGUGCACACCACCUGCGGGCACUUCAAGUGCGGGCGCUGCCCGUGGAUCUCGUGGGAUCCGCUCGCGGUGCGCAUCGUGGGGGAGGACGACGACGACGACGAUGAUGAUGAUGAGGACGAGGACGAUGACGAUGACGACGAGGACGAGGAUGAGGACGAGGAUGAGGAGUGGGACGAGGAGUGGGACGAGGAUGAGGCCGACGACGAGGCCGACGAGUAG